CCGGGUGGGUUUGUAGUCAGCCAGCCAUAUUUGAUUCGAUUAGAGUAGCUGCGACGGUUUAGCCGGAUCUUCACGCAAAAGCUGCGGUUUUUCGUGCGCGUGAGGCCGCGUUAAGGUUCACCGAACUCCAGCUACAGUUCCCGCGACCGCAGAGUCCAGUCUGCCGCCAGCCAUGAACCCGGAAUACGACUAUUUAUUCAAGCUGCUCCUCAUCGGGGACUCCGGCGUGGGCAAGUCCUGCCUCCUCCUGCGGUUCGCUGAUGACACGUACACAGAGAGCUACAUCAGCACCAUCGGCGUUGACUUCAAGAUCCGGACCAUAGAGCUGGAUGGGAAGACCAUCAAGCUGCAGAUCUGGGACACAGCCGGUCAGGAGAGGUUUCGAACCAUCACAUCCAGCUACUACAGAGGAGCACACGGGAUCAUCGUGGUGUACGACGUCACGGACCAGGAGUCCUUCAACAACGUCAAGCAGUGGCUGCAGGAGAUCGACCGCUACGCCAGCGAGAACGUCAACAAGCUGCUGGUGGGAAACAAGUGUGACCUGACGACCAGGAAGGUGGUGGACUACACCACGGCCAAGGAGUUCGCCGACAACCUGGGCAUUCCCUUCCUGGAGACGAGCGCCAAGAGCGCCACCAACGUGGAGCAGGCCUUCAUGACCAUGGCGGCGGAAAUCAAGAAGAGGAUGGGCCCCGGGGCCACAGCCGGCGCCGCCGAGAAGUCCAACGUGAAGAUUCAGAGCAAGCCGGUCAACCCGUCGCCGGGGGGCUGCUGCUGAGAGCUGAGGCGCCGCCACCAGAGCCAGCCCCCAAACCCACGAGCAGCCUCAAUGUUACCAUGGUUACAGGGAGAGAAAGGCAGGCAGGCAGGCAGGCUCUGUAACUGUGCAGAUUCCCACCCUUUAUCAGUGACAGGACGACGGUAAGCCCCGCCUCCACAGAAAACGCCGGCCCUUCUAUUCACUCAAACUGGAAACACGUCAAACAUUUACCCGCCCACUUGUGCUGCUCUACACCGCACGUGCAGAGCAGCACAACACGAGCACGCCGCGCCACACGGAGCUCAUGCUUCAGCCAGCACCGUGCACGCCCACUUGGCUCCGCCCCCACAGUCCAUGUGCCUUGAUAGCCGGAGGUUCCUGGUCCACGCCUUCAUCCGUCUGCUCUGCAGCAGCCCACAUUCCUGUGCACGCAGGGCGUCGUGAGCACGCCGUGAGCACGCUCUGAGCGCGCUCACGGCGCCCCCCGCUGGAAGCAUGCGCUCCCUGGGGGGCGCUGGCCCCACCAGCACUGGAGUACAGGCUCCGCCCCAGCCGGGUUCCUGUAAAGUGUAGAUAUUUAUACAUAAAUGUACGAGAGCAGGUGGAGGAGUUGGGAAGGUUUGUGGCUGCGGACGCGACUUUUGUGGCACAAUGUUCAUUAAAAGAAUGAAGGAGAUCUUUGAUAA